UGCUUACAAACAUGCCUUUGUCCCUGCCGUGAUUAUCGUUGUCAGCUGUGUUUUUACAUGACAUGUGUUCAUGUUGGGGCAUCGUUGACGUUGUUGGCUCACAUGUUGCAGUCAGAAAUCCUGGUAAAUAGUUGCGCUGCCACACGAGCUACCCGCUGUGAGCACGAAGUAGUAGGAUACGAGUCAUGGAAGAUCCCCUGAAAUUCCCAGUUGGCCGCCGUAUUUCGUCUGCUGGCUAUUACGGUACCGUCCGUUAUUACGGCCCAGUCGUUGGGACCCGAGGAGAUUGGGUGGGCGUCGAAUGGGAGGAUCCAACACGCGGGAAGCACAAUGGAUGUCACAAUGGUGUUCGGUACUUCCAGACGACCGCAGAGACAGGCGGCUCGUUCAUCCGUCCGGAGAAAGUGGAUCGCACCCUGAGCAUACUCGAGGCCAUCGACUGCAAAUAUUUGGAGUCUUGUAGCGCUCGCAUGGAAGGUGACAAAGACAUCGCCCUCUUAGAGUCAAACAUCACUAGUAAAGUCGUCGAGCUAGUAGGCUACAAAAAAGUCGUUUCCCUGCAAAGUCGAAGGGACACGUUGAAGGAGGUAGUGCUGGCCAACAUGCCCGUGGACAACCCUGGCAACCCUGGAGAACUGCAGAAGUUUGCGCCAAACAUACAGAGCUUAGACCUGUCACACUCUCUGCUCUCAUCCUGGGAGCAGGUGGCAUUGGCUGCUGGUCAAUUGCAUCAUUUGAACACACUAAUUCUCAGCAGGAACAACCUGAAGUUGCCCACAAACCCAGCCGACUACAAGGAGUCCUUCACAAGCGUAAAGGAAAUUGCUUUGCGGUGUACAGGCUACAGCUGGGAAGAAGCACUCCUGUGUGCACUUAUGUGGCCAUACAUUGAACGACUUAUCCUGUCUUUCAACAAUAUCGAGACCUUGCAGAAACCUCCAAUGGAAAUGUUCCAAGAACUGCAGGAAUUACUGCUCGAUGAGAAUCCGAUAUCUUCCUGGGCGGAAGUCUGCAAUCUGGGACAUCUGCCGAGGCUAAAGACCCUCAGCCUAGCCGACUGUGAUUUAACGCACAUAAGCUUUCCCGACACGGAGCCCACCGAAAAGACGCCAUUGUUCAAGAGUCUAGUCUCUUUGAACCUCCACAACAACAGGCUAGAAGAUUGGAGCAGCAUAGCGGAGCUGAAUAAGCUCCGCAGCCUGCAGGUCCUCAUCGUGAUGGGAAACUCCGUCAUUGUCCGGGAGCUCCGCGGAGUCAAACGUUACCUCGUCAUCUCGCACCUGUGUACGCUACAGCUGCUCGACCGUAUCGAGAUCACAAAGAUGGAAAGGAGAGAAGCAGCCCUGUACUACAUAAACCGUUUUUACCCACUGUUCCUCGAAAGCGGGGGUUCGCCGGAAGGCAGGAGUCCCAGCCGAGAUUUUGUGCGACAGCACCCGAGAUUCACACAGCUGCUCAAAGUUUACGGUGCUCCUGACGUUCCUGAUUCAAAGAAGUCCCUCGCAACCAUGAAGAGCAAGUUUAUCAACCUCGAAAUUCUGGCACCACAAGAUCCAGAACGAGUACCGGUGAAAAAAGCGUUGCCAGGCAGUAUAACCAUAGCUAAGCUGAGAUCUCUGGCAAUCCAGCUGUACUCCAAAAACAACGUUCAGUCCCGUGACAUGAGGUUGACUUUGAUCAGGCCUGAGCACAACAUAGAAGAAGAGUUUGACCGUGGGUACCAGAAGGAGCUCAGCUUCUACGACGUUACCGACGGCUGCAAGAUUUUAGUGCAUUGGUAAAGUCUGGGACCCUUCGGCGUAGCACCGCUGAAUGACGCCUCGAAUGUUACAUAAUCUUGCGGAAACUAGUUCCCUUUAGCUUGCUUUUGACAAGGUCUGUGAUAGUAAAUCACGGCACGUUGUGUCCUAUGGAUACGAUAACAAAGUUACAUUUUUUUAGUGAUACGCUGCAGAGGGACUGGGUCUUAAGCACACGGAAUGCAGUGGUCGACUAGCCUCGCUUGCUCUGUAGUCGCGGACUACAAUAGUGCUCUAUACUAUUGUAUAGAUAUUUUUUUGGUAGCAGCUAUCCUACACCUCGUGUGCAACUCUUUAAUGAGUGAACCCUUCCUUUUUAAGCAGUAUGCUUCGAUGCCAAAGCUCUAAAAAUGGAACCCUCUAAUCCAGUGGUUCCCAAACUGCGGAUCGCGAGCCCCAGAGGGGUCGCGACACGUUCCGAGGAGGGCGCGAAGCGUCCCACAAUUUUUUUUUUUAAAUGCCACUCUGUGCCCGCUACUCCGCGUUACCAGGAAGCCCGUGGCGGCAGACCUGGAAGUUUCUCAUAAAUGCGCUUGCAUGGUGGGGUACGCGACGCUUUCGAUGUAUCAGACAGCCUCACUUUCACUUGUGCACGAGGGCCGAAGUCUACGUCUCCUACUGAGGGUCACAGCGUCUGAGUCUAUCGCGGCAAACACGGACGCCCCGCCUCCAUGGUGGCGCCGCGCAGUGAUGUCUUCUCUAAUCAGAGCGGACACCAAAAACCUAAGAAAACCGUUUUGCGCGUGUUGUCAGUGAGCGAAGCACGCAGUAGUUAGCAGAUCACGGCGCCGUAUUUGCUCAAGAUUAAGCGUUUGUUUGUGCUUGUUGUUUCAGAGUUUUGCGUCCAUCCAGCUGUUUAAUAAUGGAACGAACAAAUGAAGAUAGUCUUUGGAGUCCGAAAGCACAAGCACAUCGUCAGAGAACUCGAUCAGAAUGUAGCUCCAUUAAUGUGUCAGUCUAUGGUUUUGGCUAACGUUCAACGGCUGUUCGUGCUAUCGUUUGGCUAACGUUUUGGCUAACGGCUGUUCAUGUGCCGAGAUCGGAGGCCAUCUGGGUAUCGCGAUGAGGGAAACGGCAAGCCGCGACAGGGUUGUCUGUAUUUGUAUGGGCCGCGACGCUGCGAAGUUUGGGAACCACUGCCCUAAUCUCUUGUAACAUUUUAUCCUAGAAGAGCUCGUCAUUUUAUACUGAGCAACAUAUGCAAUGUUUGAUCCCAUUAACAUUUAAAAUAAUUCUAGUAUAAUAAUUAUAAUAAGAUGAAUAUGAAAAGACACAAACUUUGCAAUGAUUUGCAUCUUUUUCUUUACAAACUUUUUAUGUAAAUGGAUCCACAAAUGUGUGCCUAACAGGUCGUACAGUGUAGGCCCUAAAAGUAGUAAAAUGUAGUUAAGCACCGAAUAUAUAUGAUUGUAUUUUCACUAUAAAAGGCAGCACCUGUGUUGCAUUUGGUACAUUUCCAACCCAUGCACAAUAACUGGUCUGCCAUACAAAGUGUGUGUAUGUGUUUGUAGCUAGCCUGUCCUUUUGAAACAAAUUGGAAGAACAAUUAAGCUUAGUGGAGUACUUAGCUUAAAUCAGCUACACAUAUUUUUACCAAACAACCUAAUAUGCUAUACCAUCCAGUGGACAAGUGACACACAUCACUUUUGGUAACAACAUUUUUGUAGUUAAUUGUGCAAAUGUUUGUGUGUUAACUUAUAUUGUCAACUUUCCCGUUGGCACAUUUGAAGCGUUCUGCUUCUGUGUAGAUUUCUUGAGGACAAUACAAAUGAGUUCCGAGACACCUGGCAUGUUAACUCUUACCACUUGCCAUGAUAUACUUGGAAGAUGUUAAUAUCCUCUGAAUUUGUUCACUUUUUAUGCCAAAUAGAUACUGCUAAAGCAUUUAUAGCUGCGCAAACUUUCUUCGCCAUUGCCUUUAUGUAUUUAUUUCUCGCAUUUAAUUCCAUUCCGUUUGCAUGUACUUAUAACGUACACCAGUGAUGUUACUUUGUACCUUUCUGUGUUAAGGGCCUUGUACAGCUGUGCUUGACAGUACAUUAAAAUUAAUUGUAAUAAAAUGGUUGUCACAAAAGGG